AUGUCGCGCUCGUCGUACGACCGAUAUCUCACCAUCUUCUCCCCGGACGGACGGCUGUACCAGGUCGAGUAUGCCUUCAAGGCGAUCAACACCGCCGGGCUAACUAGCAUCGCCGUCCGUGGCAAAGACUGUUCCGUCGUUGUGGGGCAAAAGAAGGUCCCCGACAAGCUCAUCGAUGCCUCGUCUGUCACCAACAUCUUCAACCUCACUCCUGAGAUUGGAUGCAUCAUGACGGGUCGCGUCGCUGAUGCUCGAGCGCAGGUGCAAAGGGCGAAAAUGGAAGCGGCCGAUUUCAAGUACAAGUACGGUUACGCCAUCACACCCGAUCUGCUCGCCAAGAGGAUGGCCAACAUGAACCAGGUGUAUACGCAACGUGCUGCAAUGAGGCCGUAUGGUGUUUCAAUGAUUUUGGUCGGUAUCGAUGCCGAACGUGGACCUCAGAUUUUCAAGAUCGAUCCAGCUGGAUACUAUGUCGGAUUCCGAGCUACCGCUGCAGGUGUAAAGCAGACGGAAGCGACCAACUUUUUGGAAAAACAGUUCAAGAAGUCUUCCACCACCACCACGGGUGAUGCUGCCAGUGCGGUGCCCGAAGCACCAGCAGGCGCAUCAGCUACAGACGCAGCGGCACUGGAAGCAGAACACAUUUCGUCCAACUUGACCAUGCAACAAACACUCGAUCUCGCAGUCAACACGCUAGCUACGGUACUCGCACAGGACCUCAAGCCAAGCGAGCUGGAAGUGGCCAUCGUAGGUGGUCCCGACGCAGCCAAGGUCACUUUGGGCGGCGACGACGAAGGCGGUAUCGCACAAUUGGAUUCGAGCACGUUGUCAAAGGAGGUGCAACAGCAAAAGAGGUUUAGAAAGUUGAACGACGAAGAGAUCUCGGUCAUUUUGGAGAGGUUGGCUGAACGCGAUUAG